CCGAAGCGUAUUGAGCGUGUGAGUUCUUCGUUAAAACUACGAUUAAACGCUGUUUGACAUUUCCUUACUACAACCAAAAUAUGUUCAUCAUCAAGGCCACCACCACCAAUCCGUCUCCAUUAUCCUUGCGGCAUUUGUUUGCAUUCGCUGUGCUCUUACUUACCAUGUCGCCAGCCACCGCCACCGCCACCGCCACAGCAGCCGUAGCCGCAGCAAACAUACCGUUGACAGAGCAGCCAGCUAAUGCUGUGAAUGGAAAAAACAAUUUACUGGCAAACCAACGCCAUGCGGAGGGGGAAGUUGUGUCGCGAGGACAAGCAGUAAUUGAUAUGGUACCCAUGGCAGAUCGCACCGCAUUUAUUCGUUAUGAAUUGGCCAGGGCCAUGAAUCGUUUCAAUACAACCACCAACAAAAGCUCCGCUCGUGCCAUUAAUCCACGCUUCUUUCUAAAUCCCAACAUUUUACUCAAUCCAACUCAGCUGAUGACAUUCGAGAAUAUUCCCACUUAUUCUGGAUUCGCCGAUGAUUUACUCUUAUGGGUGCAGGACAGUUUUCAAGUGACUGAAGAAGAUAUAUUCGGACUGAUCGAUCCACGCCGCCCAAUACGAUGCACAGCAAAUGGCAUUUGCUUUCCCGAUGAUAUCGGAAUACUCUGUUGUCCCUUCUGAGCGAAAAUAGUCGAAGGAACGUAAAAAAUGGCUUUUGUUUUAUAUAUGUAUAAACAAUUAGCUUUUAGCCGCAGCUCUGCUUUGAAUUAA